AAAAUACCCUUCUGCCUUCGCAGACCAGGUUUUAGGGGUUUCUCUAGGGUUUACCUUCUCCACGACGAUUUCUCCAAUCUCCGAUCACAAAAUUCAGAAAUCAUUACGCUUUAAUUGAUGCGAAUUCAUCUUCCAUAUCCACCGAAUCAACCACAGAGUAAUCUCACAGAGAGAAAGAGAUUUGAAUAUGGAAGCUCGAGUCGGUGUAGUGGUAGAAGGAGGACAGAGAGCUCUUAAUACAGCCACCGCCACCGCCGUGCAUAACAGUGUUGUUGACGCCGGAAACAGGAAGCUGUUACAGCAACAACCGCAGACGCAGACACAAAGCUGCCAUCAACAUCACCAAUGUAAUAAACAGUCGCUGAAUCAGCAACAAGGGCAUUUCGGCACCGUUGAGCGUCUUCUCGCCGGUGGAAUCGCCGGCGCAUUUAGUAAAACUUGCACCGCUCCUCUUGCUCGCCUCACCAUCUUGUUUCAGAUACAAGGGAUGCAGUCGGAAGCUGCAAUUUUGAGCAGUCCAAAUAUUUGGCAUGAAGCUUCGCGUAUUGUCAAGGAGGAAGGGUUUAGAGCAUUUUGGAAAGGAAACUUGGUUACUGUAGCUCAUCGGCUUCCCUAUGGUGCAGUUAACUUCUAUGCAUAUGAAGAAUACAAGACUUUCUUGCACUCAAAUCCAGUCUUGCAGAGUUAUAAAGGAAAUGCAGGUGUGGACAUUUCUGUGCACUUUGUAAGUGGUGGCUUGGCUGGACUAACAGCUGCUUCAGCUACCUACCCUCUCGAUCUUGUAAGGACACGGCUUUCUGCACAGAGAAAUUCAAUCUAUUAUCAGGGUGUUGGGCAUGCCUUCCGUACCAUUUGCAGAGAAGAGGGAAUUUUGGGUCUAUAUAAAGGACUUGGUGCGACAUUGUUGGGUGUCGGUCCAAGCCUUGCAAUCAGCUUCGCUGCGUAUGAGACUUUUAAAACAUUUUGGCUCUCUCAUAGGCCUAAUGAUUCAAAUGCCGUGGUUAGUCUUGGUUGUGGCAGUCUCUCCGGAAUUGUUUCCUCGACAGCGACAUUCCCAUUGGACCUGGUGAGAAGAAGAAUGCAGUUGGAAGGAGCUGGUGGGCGAGCGCGAGUGUAUACCACAGGACUCUUUGGAACAUUCAAACACAUAUUUAAGACAGAAGGCAUGAGAGGGCUAUACAGAGGAAUCAUACCAGAAUACUACAAAGUGGUUCCUGGUGUUGGCAUUGCCUUCAUGACAUUCGAGGAAUUGAAGAAGCUCUUAUCGUCUGCCCCUAAUUAAUAACGUCUUAUAUACUUUAGUGUCAGCUGCUUUAUAGAGUUUGGAGAAGAAAAAACAGAAAAUCAU